AGCGCUGCCGCCUCGCCAUGAAGAAGAGCCCCAAGGAGGAGCCGGAGCCGCCCUCAGUGGACCAUGUGCAGCUGAACGUCCCAGUUCUCCAGCAGUUAUACCACUGGGAUUGUGGGCUGGCCUGCUCCAGAAUGGUCCUGCAGUACCUCAACUGUCUGGACGAUGAGGAGUUCCAGAAGGCCCUCCGGGAUCUCCACCUGACCAAGAGCAUCUGGACCAUUGACUUGGCCUACCUGAUGCGCCACUUUGGGGUGAAGCAUCGGUUCUGCACACAGACCCUGGGGGUGGAUAAAGGCUACAAGAACCAGUCCUUCUACAGGAAACAUUUUGAUACCGAGGAGAACCGAGUCAACCAGUUGUUCGCACAAGCCAAAGCCUGCAAGGUGCUGGUGGAGAAAAGCACCGUGACCAUCCAGGACAUCCAGGAGCACCUCUCCCGGGGCCACCCGGCCAUUGUGCUGGUGAACGCCGUCCUGCUGCUCUGUGACCUCUGCUCCAGCCCCGUCAGGUACUGCUGCUUCCUCCCCAUGGGCCAGAAGUGCUUCUGCCGGAGCCCCGACUACCAGGGCCACUUCGUCGUGCUGUGUGGCUACAACAAAGCCUCAGGGAGUAUUUAUUACAACAAUCCUGCCUAUGCUGACCGAACCUGCAGCACCAGCAUCAACAAUUUUGAGGAAGCCAGAACUAGUUACGGCACCGACGAAGACAUCCUCUUCGUUUACAAGGACAGCUGACCCGGCUCCCUCCCGGCUGGGCUGCUUCCGGUUUGACGUCGGCCACUGAGCCCACGGCCACCAGAGCCGUGGGCUUCUCUCAGGACUUUCGCUACAGCACACGCGCUCUCCUGGACGCCAGCAAGAUUGCAAACCGGGGAUGCUUUUGACCCGCCCGGGGGAGGCCGAAGGGAGGAGAGCGUGUUUGCUUUCCGGCUUCAUUCUGUGCUACCCAGGAAGAGCGGCGUCUUAAGUGGCAAGAUAGGAACCAUGAUAACGAAUCAAAAGAUCGUUCCGUACGAAGUAGGAGCUCUUUCUAGAUUUGCAGGUGAUUUGCGGCAGACUGUUCAGGGUUUCUGGGCCCCAGCUGAGCAACGGCUGGGCAUUCCUUCUUACCCAAAAUUAGGCUUCUGAGACAAAGAAAAACCAGGAGGAAAAACCAGGAACGGGGUUUUGUCUGAAAGGGUGCAGGAGCUCCACAUCCUGGUCCUGAGAACCACUCACAGCCUGAGCUUGUGCCCCAGCACGCCUGGCUCUCUGUGUAGGACCCCUUUGGCUCCUCCCCACCCCUCCUGAGCCACAGUUUUGCAUCUGGGCUUGGACUAGGUGUGGUGGGGGUGCUUGCAGGUUGCAAGGGAGAAAGCAAAAUCUCCCGGGGUCUGCUUCCCCCCAACGCCACUUUGUCCCCAGCCGUGCUGUCUUCUUGCCAUGAAUUAGCCUGUUCUGUACAGACUGUGAUCUAUAUAUAAAGAGGUGUGUUUUAAAAUUUUGCACAUGGGAGAGGUUUCAACAUGCAGAUCCCAGCCCUGCCUCUGUUGGCCCCUCUUUGCAGGAAUAAACAUCAGAAGCCCAG